AUGUGUUUUGGGAGGUGUGCUAGAUACGUUGGGUACCAGUUGCUCAUCCUUGCUGUGCUCUGUAUUGUGGCAAACAUUUUGCUUUAUUUCCCUAAUGGCGAAACAAGAUAUGCCUCACACAACCUGCUCAGCAAAUACGUGGGCUGUCUUCAUGGCAUUGUAGGAGGAGGUCUUUUGGUUUUGGUCCCAGCAUUCAUACUUAUUGCUUUAGAACAUGAUCAUUGCCACGGAUGCUUUGUCCACGAGCACUAUGGGAGAAAUUGCACACCACUGCUAGUAGUCCUGGUAGCCUGUGUUGGCAUUGCUGGUGCUGGAUACUGCUUCAUCAUUUGCUGUUUGGCCUUGUCCCAGGGCCCAUACUGUUAUUGCCAGCCGGAGAGAAUCUGGUGCUAUCCAUUCUCUAACUCCUAUGGAGGGUACCUGCUUGACCACAGCAACUGGUCUCUUUGCCGGGAGCCAAGGUAUAUUGUUCAAUGGAACAUCACUCUUUUUUCAAUCCUCCUUAUCUUGAGUGGGAUUGAAUUGAUUCUGUGCAUCAUUCAAAUAAUACAUGGCUGCGUUGGAGGCGCCUGGGCCAUGUGUCAUGGUGAAAGAGAGAGAACUGAAGGGUGA